AUGAAUGAGGGUGCUGGCGAGCUACGAGACGCUGCUGACAAGGCGAUUGCGGAGGAGAGGGCCCAAUGCGGUCGAGAACUCGAGGCAAAAGACCGGACCAUGCAGACUCUGCAGGCUGCCAAAGCCUCUGCUGAAGCUACCGCACAGGAGACCAUCAGUCAACUGCAAGACAGCCUGUCCCAGCUCGAGUCAAGUUUCAAGAACUGCGAUUGGAUGUUCUGCGCUGCCGAACUCUCGAAGUGCCACUAUCUGAUGACCUUGAAUAUGGACGGAUCCAUGCACUACGGAUUCCCAUCAUGGGCUCAAAUGCUGGAGGAAGCCAAUACGGACGUCUCUGGCUACUAUAGCCGCUUUAAGUCUGACCAAGCAAAUCGAGAAACUGUUGAACAGGUCCGUCAGAAUAACCUCGAUCGUUUCCAUAUCGAGAGCUACUGUAACGAGUGGCUCGACAGUCGGGGCGUCAAACGACAGCCUGAGGAUGAUUCAGAUGGGCUCAGAUUCAACGAAGUGGGGCUUAAGUUGGCACCACUGGAGCCAGUGGCAGAGCACGACCCUAUGAGAGGACACGGGCCCACGGGAGAAACCAGACCGAUGGAGGAGCUAGACGAAUUUGACAACAACCUCCUCGGACUUCUGCACAACGAGCUAGGGCUCACGGGUUAG